AUGUCUUCACGCGUUUCUACGACUGGGGUACCCGGGCGCUUUCAUAUUGACAAUAGGCUACGAGACGGCGCGAAAGGCGUACUUGGGACGGCAAUCGAGGCUCUCAGUGUUGCAGCGACUACGACGCAAAAUGUGCCUUAUAUCGCGACCUUAUCCAGUAUUAUCACCGAGAUCCUGAAGAUCUAUCAAGAGGUUGAUGUCUACAGAUCGGACUGGAAGGCCGUCGCGGACAUGGCAGAUCAGCUCAAGUCCAUCAUCGACGAUGUGCAUGACAGAUGUGCGGAUAUAGCUGAUGGCCGCGACUCCGUGCUUCCUGAGGGCAUAUCCAAGCCAUUCAUCGCUCUUGAGACUUGCCUAGCGGAUGUCUUGGGAGCUCUCAAUGCCUGCAUGCCUUCCACGACUAGCAAUGCGAAGACAGUUGGACUCGCGAAGAAGAUGAAGGGUCUGGGGCGGGACAUUCUGAAUCGGCGCGAACUCUCGAACCAGGUCAAGCAGUGCCGCGAGGAGAUGCAGAGGACACUGGACCUAUUCAAUACAAAAUUACAAAUUGACCAGUCACUCACGAUGCUCAAGCUGAUUGUCCUGAUAGAGAACUGGGGGAAACAGAUGCCUCGUAGCAUGGCUAUACCAGCUUCCGUUUCUCUUCCGAACUUUCCCGGUAUCUUCCACGGCCGUGCCCUCGAAGUCAAUCAUAUCAUCGACCUGUUGCUUAACAAGACUCCGGCUCGGGUGGCCAUCCUUGGAUCUGGCGGGAUUGGAAAGACGUCCAUUGCACAAGCUGUGCUGCAUCACCAUGACAUCGUGAAGGUCUACUCUGAGCGAAGAUACUUUCUAUCUUGCGAGGCUUACACAACCGCGGAAAGCAUUGCGCGAGGACUAUUAUCCAUCUUCCAGCUUGCCGCUGAUACGAGUGAUGUCUCACCUCGAGACUUAGUCAUCUCGCACUUGUGUGCCCUCCCUGACAGUCUCCUAUGUCUGGACAAUCUCGAGACACCUUGGGAUUCUGACGUUCAAGGAGUCGAGUCGCUCCUGGGGCAUAUCGCAUCCUUGCGCGGCAUCGCGCUCAUCGUAACCAGUCGCGGCGGAGAUCGUCCUGCGGGGGUUGCCUGGACGCGACCCUUUCUACCGCAGAUCAUACCGCUCUCCAUCGUGGCGGCCCUGGACACAUGGGACGACAUAUGCGGCUCUCACGACGAGUACUCUGAGAAACUUGUUCAAGCCGUCGAUUGUGUCCCCCUAGCCGUCACGCUUCUUGCGAACCUCGCGCAGAGCGAAAGCGCGGAGGCACUGUGGAUGCGGUGGGGGCACGAGCAGACCGUGCUUCUGCGCGGGCGCGGGUCGGAGAAUCGUUUAAACAGUGUUGAAGCGUCCAUCCGCCUGUCGCUUCAAGGACCACGCCUCGCCGAAGACCCUGCGGCCGCGGAUCUGCUCAGCGUCCUAUGCACUUUGCCUCAAGGAAUGCCGAUAUCGCGCACCAUGGCCUUUGUCAAUGCUUUCAGCGAGGGGCUACCCAACCUUAUGCUUUCUUCGACUUCAUUGAAGCAGAGCGCUCUCGCCUACACCUCUGACGAUGGUUAUCUUCGAGUGCUUUCUCCCAUUCGUCACUACAUGCUAUCCCAUCAUCCGCCUUCAAACUCUCUCCUCUCUUCUCUAGUCUAUGUUUACAGUGACCUUCUCGAGGGCGGCGAGUUCCCGAACAGAUUCGGCUCCCAGGUCCAGUAUGUGAGGACAUACAUCAGACCAGAGCUUGGGAACAUAUCAGCCGUCUUGAAAUUGUGGCUCGCCAACGAUACCGUCGCGUCGGAUCGCAUGUUGCGAGCGAUCAACGCGUUCGCUGCGCUAUGUCAUGUCAUAUCCAUCUAUGAUACGCCUGAGCCUCUGCUUACUGAGGCUAUCAAACGCGUCGGCACGGAUAUCACACCAAUCGCGGCCCGGCUGUGGUACACGAAGGGCCAGUGCCUAUACUUUCAGGACCACGAAAGCGAGGCUUUGUCUGCAUUAUCCACAGCGCACAUGAUGUACUCGUCUCUUGGACGCAAACGCGACGAGGCUGAAUGCGCACAGACCAUGGGAGACAUACAUCAACGUCUCGGGAGAGGCGACGAGGCUGAGCGCCUGCUGGGGUCUGCUCUCGACCUGUAUCAGUCUCUCGAUGACUGCCGAGGUCAGAUUGAGACUUUGCUAAGCAUGAGCAAUGUCCAGAAAUGGCGUGGACAGCAUGGAGAUAUGGAGCGUACUCUCGAGCGCGCGCUGGAUCUCGCACGCGAGAUCGAGGAUCAUUUACUCCAGGCGCAUCUGACGCGAAGCUUGGGUGACCUGUACGCACAGGUGCAUAUCCAACGGUACGAGGAGGCGGAGCAACGAUUGCGAUCCGCGGAGGCCUUGUAUCAGGACGUUGGCGACCGCCUCGGCGAGGCCCAUGCGUUGAAGGCGCUCGGUUCGCUUUGUGAAAGGCUGAACCGGCUUCCCGAGGCAGAGUCCGCCUUAAAGUCCGCUCUCGAGAUAUACCAGGAGAUCAAGAACGUAUCGGGUGAAGCCAACACGCGCGUAACUCUCGGUAUGGCCUACAGGAAAACUAACCGGCUUGAAGAAGCUUGCGCUACACUUCUCGUCGCCCACGAUCUAGGUAUUCGUAUCUCGGAUCUCGUGCUGCAAGGAAACGCGAUGAGUUACUUAGGCAUCGCUUACGUGUCGAUGGCCGAGUUGGACAAGGCCGAGGAAUGUUUUGAGAAGGCAUUACAAGUGUAUACGCAGGGGAAUCACACAGUUAAUAGUGGGCAGGCUCAGAUCUACCUUGAUAUCGUGCGACGGGAGAAGCAAUCCCAAUCAUCUUGA